AUGCUGACAGCUCAGCCAAAACCCACCUCCCUCCGGCGGCCGGUUGCCGUCUUGGGCGCCGGAAAACACCAGGGACUGGCCAACUUCUGUGGGUUCAGGCGUAAAGUCCGUACGAGCAGUAGGCCGGUCACAAGGGCGGCGAUAAAGAGUGGAGAUAGCAAGGGUGGAGUGGAAACAGCAGAAAAGAUUGUAGAGAAGUCGAUGGGUUCGGAAUCUGUAAAAAAUGGUGGAGGGAUUGGUGUUAGGGCAGUGGUCACAAUAAGGAAGAAAAUGAAGGAGAAUUUGAGUGAUAAGAUUGAGGAUCAGUGGGAUUCUAUUGUCAAUGGAAUUGGGAGAGGGAUCUUCAUUCAGCUCAUCAGUCAAGAUGUUGAUCCUGUUACUAAAUCAGGAAAGACGGCAGAGUCGUACGUGAGGGGUUGGUUCCCUAAACAGUCCAAUGAUCCAUAUGUGGUUGAGUAUUGUGCCGAUUUUACAGUUGCACAUGACUUCGGACAGCCCGGAGCUGUUCUCAUCACCAACUUCCUCGACAAGGAGUUGUUCUUGAUGGAUAUCGUGGUACACGGAUUUAGCAAAGGUCCCGUGUUCUUUCAUGCCGAUACUUGGAUACACUCGAGGAAACUUAACCCGGAAAGCAGAGUCAUAUUCAAGAAUCAUGCGUACCUCCCAUCCGAGACGCCAGCUGGCAUCAAGGACCUCCGGCAGCAAGACCUGUUGAGCCUCCGAGGCAACGGCAGAGGAGAGAGGAAGCUGCACGAGAGAGUAUAUGAUUACGACGUGUACAAUGACUUGGGUAAUCCUGAUAAGAGUCUCGAUUUGGCGAGGCCUGUUUUGGGAACCAAAGAAAGGCCUUACCCUAGACGAUGCCGAACCGGGAGACCCCCAAGUCAAACAGAUCUCUACACCGAGACGAGGAUCGAGAAGCCGAAUCCGGUUUAUGUGCCUAGGGACGAAACGUUCGAGGAGAUCAAGCAGAACACAUUUUCGGCGGGGAAGCUCAAGGCUCUGCUCCACAACCUGAUACCAUUGAUUGCUUCUAAGCUGGCGAGUUCGGAUAUUCCCUUCACAAACUUCUCCGACAUAGACAAGCUGUAUAACGAGGGUGUUGUGUUGAAAGAAGAGCAACAAGAAGCCAAAAAAUUGCCACUUUUGGCCACCCUAAUGAAUCAAAUAUUUACCGUUGGUGACAGUUUGCUCAAAUACGACGUGCCCGCCAUUAUCAGGCGUGACAGAUUUGCGUGGCUAAGGGAUGCUGAGUUUGCUCGUCAGUCUUUGGCUGGAGUGAACCCUGUUAAUAUCGAGCUACUUAAGGAACUUCCAAUUAUAAGCAAACUGGAUCCCUCAAUAUAUGGCCCUCCGGAGUCUGCAAUUACCCGGGAUUUAAUUGCAAGAGAGCUCAAUGGAAUGAAUGUCGACAAGGCGAUCGAGGAGAAGAAGUUGUUUAUACUUGACUACCAUGACUUGAUGUUGCCGUUUGUUGAGAAGAUGAACUCGUUGCCGGACAGAAAAACUUAUGCUUCUCGAACAGUUUUCUACUAUUCAGAAACCGGAGUCCUGAGACCGAUUGUCAUUGAGCUUUCACUUCCCCCGACACCUUCGUCCCCAACAAACAAGUAUGUGUUUACCCAUGGCCACACUGCUACAACUCACUGGUUGUGGAAACUGGCCAAGGCUCAUGUUUGCUCUAAUGAUGCUGGCAUUCACCAGCUCGUCAACCACUGGAUGAAGACUCAUGCUAGUGUGGAACCUUACAUAAUUGCUACCCACAGGCAGCUGAGCUCAAUGCACCCAGUGUACAAGCUGCUGCAUCCUCAUAUGCGCUAUACUAUGGAAAUCAAUGCCCUUGCGAGGCAGAGUUUAAUAAACGGUGGCGGCAUAAUCGAGGCAUGUUUUGGUCCCGGUAAGUACGCCAUGGAAAUAAGCUCUGCUGCCUAUAAGAGCCUGUGGCGGUUUGACAUGGAAGCAUUACCUGCAGAUUUAGUGCGAAGGGGCAUGGCUGUCGAGGACCCAGCUGCACCUGGCGGUGUACGCCUAGUGAUAGAGGACUACCCUUAUGCAGCUGACGGCCUUCUCAUCUGGUCCGCUUUAAAGGAGCUGGUAGAAUCAUACGUUGAGCACUACUACUCGCGUGAAGGCUCCAUUGCAUGCGACCCAGAGCUGCAGUCGUGGUGGGAUGAGAUCCGCAAUGUGGGGCAUGCCGAAAAACGGGACGAGCCAUGGUGGCCCAGCCUCUCCACCCAAGACGACCUCUCCUCCAUCCUCACUACCAUCAUCUGGACAGCCUCUGCCCAACACGCAGCAAUCAACUUCGGGCAGUACCCGUUCGGGGGGUACCCGCCCAACCGCCCGACCCUCGUGCGCAAGCUCAUCCCGCGGGCAGGGGAGCCUGAGCACGACAGCUUCUUGCACAGCCCUGAAUUUACCUUCCUGACCUCGCUGCCAACUCAGCUGCAGGCCACCAAGGUGAUGGCGGUGCAGGACACGCUGUCCACGCACUCACCGGACGAGGAGUACCUUAACCAGCUGCACCACAUCCACAGACAAUCGUUCGACGAUGCCAACGUGCACAAGAUGUUCGACCUAUUCUCCGCCAAGUUGGAUGAGAUCGAAAGGAUUAUCGAGCAGAGGAAUAAGAAUGUGGAGCUCAAAAACAGGACUGGGGCUGGGGUUCCUCCCUAUGAACUGCUUUUGCCGUCAUCAACUCCAGGGGUGACGGGCCGUGACUCGAGGAAGGACCGCCAAAGGCUGUCACUGGACGAGUACAAGCAACCCAGCCACUCGGCGAACUGGCGGGCCGCGACCAACUUGGAGAAAUUCACACCAGAGCUCGGCGUCCACGCCCUUCCUAUGGGCAUCGGAGAUACAAAUAACGAGUCAGACUCCGGCAUGGGGGCAACCCCUACGGCUGGAACGAGAAAAACGCAGCGGCGCCCCCUCCGCGGCCAUGGACACGAAACAGAGAGACCCGCCGCCGAUCGGGUCUCCCGUCGAGCUCUGGAGGAGGCGAAAUUGACGGAACCAGUCGUGCCUCAGUCCUGGUAG